GAUGAGUGAAAAAAUGAGGUGCUUUUAAAGGUUUUUCAAUCUUCUUUAAUGCAGUAACUCUUAGAGCGAAAGAGUAUAUGUGAAAAACUUUAACGCGCGCUUCUCUUUGUACAACCCCCAAAUGCUGUUGACGGUUCGUGAUUAGAUUAGCCCCCAAACUGACAAGCAUAACGCUUAUGUUUGUUUUUCUCUUCGUUUCGAAACACUUAUUGGUUAAGAUAACGAUCGGAUUGUUGCUGCAAGUAUAUAUAGAGCCACCAAUACAUACUUGUUGUUGUUAUUGCAGUAAACGGACUGCUGAUGUAUGUCACUGCAACCGCCGGAACCCGCUCUUUAUAUUUUCGUUCUCGUAUGAUGCAACUUCAGGUUACUCAACAUAUGCGCCGACAAAGCAUCAAAGGGCGGUAAUGUCCGUGUUUAGCACUGAAGGUGGUUGGCCUGCAUGAAAGGAAAAACUUCUGCGCACUCUUUUUCUUUGAUCGGGUAAAGUGUCCCGAGG